CAAUAGUUUAUUAUGUAUGAGUGGAUGAGAUCAGCAAUCCAGGUCUGUGAGGCUGCAGCCCCUUCCUGGCCAGAAUCUGUAUGAGGGAGGCGUGGGAAGCAGUUUUAAUGGGACGCCAGUAAACACGCACCUGCUUACUGGCCGCUAAACGCUGCAAAAUUUGCAUCCCAAACCACCAUGCUCUGACUGGCUCGGUCCCUGAUUGGUUCACGAUUCCUCAGCCAAUGCUCUCACUAGCUGCUUGGAACACGGUUGGGUUUGGUAAUGACGCCAUUCCGGAUCCACUGCGCGGUACCGAUCAAGAAUCAAUUGAAGAGCAGGUGGAGCCAACAUGGUGGAGACAGGGACGCAGUUUCACCGUUACUCAAAGUGACAAGCGCAGGGGAAGAAUGAAACUGCGGUAAUAUCUGGAGGCUCUGGGUAUCAAAUAGCGCAGCUGCCGGCUUCAAUCACACAGAUAGCUUGAAACCACACUAGACCAAGCAAUUCAAAAACGAAUCAGUAAUAAUAAUAAUAAUAAUAAUAAUAAUAAUAAUAAUAAUAAUAUGAGUUCUUCCUCGGGUCUCGUGUCGGUGGAUUACGAGGUAUUCGGAGAAGUGCAAGGGGUUUUCUUCAGAAAGCACACGGAGGAUCAGGGGAACAAGCUGAAGCUGGUGGGCUGGGUGAAGAACACGCCAAGGGACACUGUGGUGGGACAGGUGCAGGGGCCGAGGGAGACCGUCCAGAUCAUGAAGAACUGGCUGCGUACCGUGGGCAGCCCCAUGUCCCGGAUUGACAAAGUCACGUUUACCAACGAGACACAGAUCUCAUCGCUGGAGUUCAGCAGCUUCACUACCAGAUACUGAGGAAGCAGCCCCCCACCCACACCCUACAAAGCAAUUCAUAGGGGCAGGAAUUCUCUGUGAAACGAGCGAGACCCAAACUUCAUUUAGCAGCAAUACAAUUGUUUGAAUAAUCGAAUUACAGCGAAAUUGCUUAUUUGAGUUUCCCUGUUUAAAAAAUAUACCGUAUUCCUUCGAGUUUAAGAUGCACUUUGUAAAUAAUUUUUUUUCUUUUCGAAAAUGGUCCUGCGUCUUAAAUUACAGUGAUGUGUGUGUGUUAAAAUCGCCAACGAAAGACUGUCCGAGAACACAAACAGCAACGAGACUGGGGGACAAAAAACGUCACUAUCUGAUCUUGAAUCAUCCAUGGCAUACAGGCAGCCCUUUUCAGAGAAGUGGGAGUCACCGUCUGGGAGACUUCAAGAGAUAAAGAGGACUCCUCCAGCUCAGAGGAGGGGGACUAGGAGAGCUUCGUUGUUGUUACAGGCUUGUUCAUUUACCAAUAGACAACAUGCUUUACCACUGUGCCUAAUAGACGAGUUUGUAGCACUGCAUUGCAAAACAUUGACUAUAACUUUGUUAAAUGGCUCUUAUAUGCAUCAUUAAGGUUGGAUGCUUGUAAAUGCAUCUUUAUAUAAUUUUUCCUCAAAUUGAGGCGUGGGAAAUCUGGGCUCCGUCUUAAAUUCGAGGGCGUCUUUAAUUCCAAGGAAUACGGUAACACAACCCCUUUAGAUAAAUACAGCGCAGCACUGUACAGUAAAUACCUGAGAUUGAGGGCUGA